AUGGUGGCGUGCUAUCGGCGGCGGGUGGGCUGGGUCUGCUUGGUCUUUGGGCUGUGUUUGGCCUUUGGAUUGUGGUUGCACAGACCAGCUUCCGUUGCCUUUGGGUCCAGUGGAGCUGUUUUGCUGGUCAGUCUUUGGGCCGAUCGUCCCCAUCGCCGUCAGAGCCAGCUUUCACUGUUUCGUUCCUAUGCCCAGCAUCAGCAGAUGCCAACGGUCAACCGUGAGGCAGGCGCCACCUUGCCGAGCGUCAAAGCUUUGCAUGUGGUCACUGCGUCAAGCGAAGAAAACUUUGCAGGUCUUUUGGCCCUCCUCAAUUCGGUCUAUCGGAACGUGGGCCCUGGGCACGCAAUUCGUUGGCACGUCAUUACCCUUCAAGCAGCACAGUUGCAGCUCGAGGCCAUUUUGGCUAUCCACUUUCCUGAUCGUGACAUUGAGGUCAUCGGUUUUAGUCAACACAUGCUUGCUGGCAAGAUUCGCGUGCGCAGCUCCCGUGCCUCCCUCGGCCACCCCCUCAAUUACGCGCGAUACUAUCUCCCGGGCUUACUGCCAGAUUUGAGCCGAGUUAUUUAUCUUGAUGACGAUGUGAUCGUGCAGGGUGACAUCACAGAGCUGUGGGAGCUCAACCUGCAAGGUCAACCUGCAGCCUUUUCCAGCGAUUGCAAUGAAGCUAGCCGUCAAUACGGCUUGCUACAGAACCGAUAUGGCGGCUUUCUCAACUACGAAAACUCCCAGAUUAAGGCUCUGAAUUUGCCAUCAGAGGAGAAUGUGUACGGCUCUGGUGUCGCGGGCGGUGGGUCACAGCCUCCCAUGCUAAUUGUUUUUCACAAGCAAGUGUGCCAGCAGCAUUCGCAGAAGAAAACUGUUCGCUGA